AUGCCGCCCCGGAAAUCCAACUCGCGCAAGAGCGACACUUCGACCGCGCGGUUUGUCCCAAUGGACGACGUGUCACCGCUAGAACAGAGCCCAGCAGCACCAGCACCCACACAAGCUGAUGCCCCUGCGCCAGCAUCAGCACCAGCACCCGCAGGUAGUGAAAUUGUCGCCGCCGAAGGUGAAGCUGGGUCAUCUCCUGUUCAGACUACAGAAAAGAACAAGGACAAAGACAAGGAAAAGGAGAAAGAGCAUAAGGAGCACAUCACCAUUGAGGACCUGACCCUCCCAAAAUCUAUAAUCACUCGAUUAUCUAAGGGUGUACUGCCACCCAACACACAAAUCCAGGCCAAUGCUAUCAUGGCUCUCAGCCAAAGCACCACCGUCUUCAUCAACUACCUAGCGUCCCACGCCAACGAGAACACCGUAAAUGCUGGCAAAAAGACUAUAUCACCUGCAGAUGUCUUCAAGGCCCUUGAAGAGACCGAAUUUGGUUUCCUCCGAGAACCUCUCGAAGCCGAGUUUGCCAAAUUCAAUGCUAUCCAGACCGAGAAGCGCACAUCCUACCGCCAAAAGGUUCGUGCCAAAAAGUCGGACGGUGCAGACACCGAUAUGCCCGAUACAUCUCACGUCGAGACCGACGCAGACACAACAAUCGCUUCCACAGGCCCUCUCGCUAAGCGCCCUCGUGUUGAGCCUGGUAACGCCGAUGCCGAGGAGGACGCCGUGACUGAAGACGAGGUUGAGAUCCCUGAAGAUUCCGAUGAUGAUGAGGUGGAAGAAGAGGAAGAAGAAGAGGGCGAGGGAGAAGCUAGUGGCGACGAUACCCAAGACGCCCUCGAGAUCAAGGAAAGAAAGAAUGAGAGAGACGAGGCUUUGGAUGGUGAUGAGAGCGAUUAG